AUGUCAACGUCGAUGGCCACCGACGAUGAUUCAUGGACUGCUGUAGAGACAUGUGAAGCUGCCCGCGAGACCAUUGCACCCGAAAGUGUAUCUUUGAAACCUGCCGACCUGUACUCUGGCGAAACGAUUGAGUGCAAGGUCCAUGCUGUGCAGAUCUCCCAUCAGAACGUUCACGAGCGAGGAUAUCUAUGUCUCACGACGUACCGGCUCCUGUUUGUGCCCCAUCCGAAGGAAUCCCCGCGAUUUGUGGAUGUGGCCUUGUGCAACAUCGCCGAGAUCGUGCUUCAAGACACCCGUUCGUCCAGCGCCAUCGUGCACACGGUCGGGUUCACGUUGGGCAUGACCGCCCCGCCCGAGAAGGACGCCGACGACGCGUCCAACACCAUGGAGGUCGCGUGCAAGAACUUUGAGAUCUUCCGCUUCCACGUGCGCGUGACGUCGGCGUCGAUGACCCUGCACACCCGCCUCGUCGAGCGCUUGGAGUCCACCCACCAACCGGCUCCGAUUGCAUUCGCCAAGGAGCCGUCGACUCGGUGCGAAGACGAAGAGAAGCAUCGCCAUCCAUGGAGCGAUCUGGAAGUCGCGGAAAGCGCGCGCAUGGGGCUCACGGCCCCGUCGCGACGCCACAAUCCAACGUCCGGCGGCUUCCGGGUCACGCGCGUCAACUACACGUUCCGACUCUGCGCCACAUACCCCAUGCUCCUGAUCGUUCCGCAGCACAUCUCGGACUCGGACUUGAAGUCGAUCGCGCACUUUCGAGCCCGGGGCCGCGUUCCUGCCAUCACGUACCGCCAUGAAGCCACCGACGCACUUGUGGCGCGGUGCGCGCAGCCGCUCGUGGGGCUCCGACGGCGGCGGUGCGCGUCGGACGAGCUGUACGUCAAGUUCCUUCAGCAGUAUGCCGUGGGGGGUCUGUACAUUAUCGACUGUCGCCACCAGUCGAGUGCGUAUGGGAACGUGGCACUGGGCGCUGGCUUUGAAAUUGCAGAGUACUACAACAACGCACCGGUGCUAUUCAUGAACAUUGAGAACAUUCACUCGAUGCGCGACUCGAUCCGGCGACUCUUUGAUCUCGUCAAGGGCGAAAUACGAGGCGUCGAAAAGGCCAACUGGUUGUCCUGCUUGGAGGGCACACGGUGGCUGGAGCAUGUCCGUUCAGUGCUGGUAGCCGCGACCACCUGUGUAGACAAACUGGUGGAGGAGAAGGCAUCUCUUCUGGUGCACUGCUCAGACGGAUGGGACAGGACGGCGCAGCUCACGGCGCUCGUCAAGGUCUGCUGUGACCCGUACUUCCGCACCGUGGAUGGCUUCGCACUGCUCGUCCAGCAGGAAUGGGUGUCCUUUGGCCAUCGCUUCGACUCGCGCUGCGGCAUGAAGGCGGGCCACAGGAGCGGCGCCAAGAAGCACGGGUACUGGGACGACGAGCAGAGCUCCCCCGUGUUUGUACAGUUUAUCGACGCCGUCUGGCAGAUGACCCAGCUUGCCCCGUGUUCAUUUGAGUUUAACGAUACGUACUUGAUUGCGUUGGUGGACGAAGUGUACGCUCGACGCACGGGCACGUUUUUGUUUGACUGCGACGAACAGCGGAUGAAAGCGCGGACGUACGCGCGGUGUCCGUCCGUGUGGAGCGAUCUGAACCUGCCAGACAUGGCGAAUCCGUUUUACAUCGUGCCGGAUGACGCCGACGCCAAGUCGCCGCGGGUGCUCCGGUUCCGAUGGCACACGAGUACGCUGAGCAUCUGGCCAGGGUUGUACCUUCGGUCGCUUGAGAGUCGGGAGGCCGUGUGCACGCAGAACUCGUGGGCGAAGUCAGUUCAACAGACCCAGCAAGCGCUGCAGACGCAGCUGCAGACGACGCAGCAUCUGCUCAACACGCAAGUGGAGCUCAAUGCCCAGCUGCAGGCGUACGUGAGCAACUUGGAGAGCAAGACGCAGGCGCUCAACGUGGCGUUCCAAGGCCAAGUGUUCAGCGAGUCGGGCGUCGUGGUGCACGAGAGCGACAUGGACGACGCGAGCGAAGAAGAGGCCGUGCUGCUCAGCGUCACGCAGACACAGAAGAAGGUCGACAUGUUUGUGGCGGCGGCCAUCUUGCAUCCGUUCGAAGUCCUACCCACGUACUUCGACGAAGCGGAAACUCGCCGCGUUGUCCAGUGA